AUGGUACCCCGUCAUGACCAUGAUGGCCGUCCCUCCAUGGUUUUCAGUUACGAUGACCCUGUCCUUCCUCUCGAUGGCAGCUACAUUCGCAUCCUGCAGCUGUUCAGGUCAGGAGGUGAUACCUCGGAGCUUCAACACGCCAGUCCGCUGCGCUGCAGCCUGAUCGAAACCCCCAUUGCGAGCCCGCGUCCCUUCAAGGCUCUGUCCUAUACCUGGGGCAUCGGUGACAGAACGCACUGGAUCGAUGUCGCUGGCGCAGCUCUUCCCAUCACAGCUUCCCUAGACACAGCCCUCCGCCACAUUCGCUCAGACAAACAAGACGUGAUGAUAUGGAUCGACCAAAUUUGCAUUAAUCAAACUGACGCAAUCGAGAAGACGACCCAGGUUCAGAUCAUGGAGAAAAUCUACAGCAAAGCCGACCAGGUCAUCGUGUGGCUUGGACCCUCUGCUGACGGCUCAGAUGAGAUGAUGGACUGCUGGCAGGACAUCGGCCAAGCAGCGCGUGACCUGGAUAUUGAGAGUUACUACAACAAGGAGAAGCUGUCACUGCUGCAGAACAUGUUGCAAGACUUGAAACCCUCAGACGAACUCGGGCGCAACUUCAAGGCCCUCGUCGAUCGAGCCAGCUUGGCCUUCCAACCUCUGCUUCAGGCCAUGAUUGCCUGGAAUAAGCGGUCAUGGUUUGAACGCGUCUGGACCAUCCAGGAGGUUGGCCUCUGUCGCGAAGCGGUGUUUCAAUGCGGUUCAAAAAUCAUUGCAGUUGAGCUUGUUGCUUUGGCCUGCCACGUAUUUGACUCCAGCAUCGUGCGGCUUUCCAACAACGUACCGGAACCGGAAACACUACAGAUUCUGGCUGCCGCUCAGCAGCGAAACUCUGCACACAUACUGGGCUCUCGCCGGCGUCGACAAAGGUUCAAUCAGGGACUCGACCAAGGAGAGACCCUUCUUGCCCUCUUGAAGAAAUUCUUCACUGGGCGAACUUCUUUGGUCACAUACAUCCCAGAUCGCAUCUACGGCCUUCUUGGUCUGGCCGUUGAUGCGGGACGACUGGGUGUCGUGCCCGAUUACACAGAUGAUGAUCCGUGCCCUUCCUUCACAGCAGCGGCAAGGGCUAUAAUUGAGAGCGGAGGAGUCGAACUACUGUCGUAUUCCCAGUUCCCAAAAGAACAAGCUUUGGAGCGUCUGCCAUCGUGGGUCCCCGACUGGCGGCCUAUGCUGCAGAAGCCCUUCAAUCACAUCCAUGACAGAGUGGAUGAUCACCAGUUCAUGGCUGGUGGUGAAACCACUGUCACUCUGGUGCCUACCGAGUCAACUUCGGUUUUAGGAAUCCGCGGCUACAUUGUCGACACUAUCGAACAAGUCACCUCGAAAUGGAACGGCGGCCAGUUCCAAGACAGGUUGAACAACUUCCGCGACGCCCAGAAGCUCUUUGAGCUCGCAAUGACAAAAGAAGACCCGAUCUACGACGACCCUCAGCGUCGCGCCGAGGCACUGUGGCGCGUGCCGAUCGGCGACCUCUACGACGCCGACGACAUAUUUUCUUGCCGAGCGCCAUCCGCCGCUAAGUUCCAUUAUGAUCGAUGUAUCGCGUUGUUGGAAAUCGCAGUGACAGAUGAUUACGGCGCUGAUCCCGAGGAGCAGAUGGCUAAUUAUGCGAAGCUGAGACAUUUCCAGAAGCCAUACUCGACGUAUCAGGGCGCCGUGUCUGGACUCCUUGGAAUGCGACCCUUUGUGACCCGGAGAGGGUUCCUGGGCAUGUGUGCUGGGGGUACAUCAGAGGGAGACAUCGUGGUCGUUUUCUGUGGCUCAAGGAUUCCGCACAUUCUCCGGCCCCUGCAGGGCGGAGAGCGCUUCUCGUUUGUGGGUGAGGCAUAUUGUGAUGGCAUUAUGGACGGCGAAAUCGUGCAACGGCGGCCGGAGACGACGUUCCUGGUUGUGUGA